AUGAACAUGUUGGACAUAGAAGACGACAGCUUUCACAUCACACGUGAAGGCUACUCCCAUCUGAGGGACUCAGAAUGGGAGGUAGUCAGCCGCAUGAGUUUGUUCAUGGGCAAACACGCCACUAGUGGCAUGUUGGAGUAUGUAAACAGAGAACAGCAACAUGAUGCUAUCAACAAGUUCCUAAAAGGGGAACUUGCCGUCGAAAGACAGAAGGUAGCCUUGCUACAACAGAGAGGCUCUCAUCAGUCGAUGGGCGGACCGACGCACAUGCGUCGACCCAAAACCUUGAAGAUUGAUAUCUCAAGGUACAAGGAAACCGAUGAAGAUUCCCUUUUGAGAUGGUUCGUCGAGUUGUACGACGCCAUCAGGGCCCGUCACAUCGAGGGUGACGAGAUGCAAGUCACCUUCUCCCUGUCAAAUUUGACGGGACGAGCAACGACUUGGGCCUUAGGACUCAAGCUUCACGACCCAAACGUGUUUGAGUCGUUGGAGAUCUUGAAGUCUCGGCUUAAAGAGACUUUUGAGACGCCGAGAGCCGAGUUCAGAGGUGAUAUGCACUCUUGA